AUGUUCAAAUCCUGGUUACAGCGUCCAGAGACCAAAAAAUACGCAGCCGAUGUUGCCGUGUUUGCGCUUUCGCAAGUUGCUUUUUACUUUGCUUUCAAAUUCGUAGUGGGUUCCCUUGAUCCUACUAAAGCUAAACGUCAAGAAGCAAAGGCAAAGAGUAAUCGUGUGCUUGGAAAGCUAGGCGCCAAGGACUUGAAAUUAACAGAAUACGAGCAAAUCAUUGCAGCAGAAGUAAUCCACUCUGACGAAAUUACUGUCAACUUCAAACAAAUUGGUGGAUUGGAUCACAUCAUCCAAGAUCUUCGUGAAAGCGUUAUUUAUCCACUCUGCUAUCCUGAAUUGUUCACCUCUGCAUCAGGAUUAUUAGGUGCACCAAGAGGUGUCUUGUUGUAUGGUCCUCCUGGUUGCGGUAAGACAAUGUUGGCCAAAGCCUUGGCUAAAGAGAGCGGUGCCACCUUUAUCAACAUUCAUGUAUCAACAUUGACUGACAAAUACUAUGGUGAAUCAAACAAACUUGUGUCUGCCGUCUUCACACUCGCCAGAAAAUUGCAACCUUCAAUUGUAUUCAUUGACGAAAUCGACUCAUUUUUGCGUGAACGUAGAAGUACAGACCAUGAAACGACAGGUAUGAUGAAGGCUGAAUUCAUGAGUUUGUGGGAUGGCUUGACUACGGGCGAAGAUAGUCGGAUUGUUAUCUUGGGCGCUACCAAUCGUCCCAACGACAUCGACUCGGCUAUUCUCAGAAGAAUGCCAAAGAGGUUUUCUGUUAGAUUGCCUAGCGAAUCACAAAGAAAGAGCAUCCUUGAGCUUCUUUUACGAAACAUUGAAUUAGCAUCAGACUUCAACAUGACAGAGUUAGUGCAAAGAACAGCAGGUUUAUCUGGAAGCGAUUUGAAAGAGCUCUGCCGUAAUGCUGCUAUGAUACCUAUUCGUGAAUUUGUCCGAUCUGUCAGACCUGCUUCUACUGGCGAAGAUGCCUCUCAAGAUUUGAUUGAUUUGGAUACCUCUAAAAUCAACACUCGUCCCUUGACCGUUGCCGACUUUUACUCUUUCGAGGCAACAAACGAAAAAUCUUACAGCUACAUUUCUGAUGAGACUCCUCAACAAGAAAACCUUGAUUGA